AUGACGGUGCCGGUGCAGCGCAACUCGAUGGCCGUGCUGCAGCCGCCGCGGUCGCGCUUCAUGAUCACCGACAUCCUGGCCGGCAGCCAGGAUGCCGUGGGGCCACCGGGCCAUCCGGCAAGAGGUCCUUCGCCGCCCGCCACGACGACGACGACCGUGGGCUCCGGCCCCGUCGGGCUGGCCGGCAACGGGAGCGGCAGCACGAACGGUAGCGAGGGCCGCACCACACCGAGCCCCGGUCCGCGUGACCUAAGCGCCGGCGGUGGUGGACAACAUCCGCAACACCACCAGCAUCUGGGCGGGUUGCACCCGCACCACCACCACCACCACCAGCACCAUCUCCAGCAGCAGCAGCAGCAGCAGGGCCAGCACCACCUCCUCGACGAGCACGACCACGAACCAGACAGUGACAGUGACGACAGCUGCCCGAUGGACAGCUCCAGCGUGUGCAGUAACGGUGGCAAGGACGAGGAUGGCAACAGCAUCAAGAACGGGCUCGGGCUGAGCGGUACGCCCGGGUUGAGCAAAAAGCAGCGCAAGGCCCGGACCGCCUUCACCGACCACCAGCUGCAGACGCUCGAGAAGAGCUUCGAGCGGCAAAAGUAUCUCAGCGUGCAGGACCGGAUGGAGCUGGCGAACAAGCUCGGGCUGAGCGACACCCAGGUCAAAACGUGGUACCAAAACCGAAGAACCAAGUGGAAACGGCAAACGGCUGUCGGACUGGAGCUACUGGCGGAGGCGGGCAACUACGCGGCGUUCCAGCGGCUGUAUGGGGGGCCCCCCUACAUCGGGGGCUGGCCGUACCCGACGCCGUCCGGACCGCCCGGGACGCCGCAGAGCGCGGUCGACGCGUACUAUCGGCACGCGGCGGCCGCCGCCGCCCUCCAGAAACCCCUGCCCUACCGGAUCUACCCAGGUGUGCCGGGGCUCGGCACGCUCAACACCAUCCCGGGCCCGAGUGGCCCGUUCCCGCACCUGUCCGCCUCCAGCUCGCUGUCGACGCUGAGCAGCUACUACCAGGCGAGCAGCGCCCAGCAGCAGCAGCAGCAGCAGGCGGCGGCGGCCGUCGCCGCCCAGCAGCAGCAGCAGACGGCAGGAACCGGUGGUGGUGGCGGAGGUGCCGGUGCCGGCGCCGGUGCCGUCGGCGGGGGCGGUGGCGGGGGCGGGAACCACUGCGGGUCGCUGGCCAGCAGCAACGCGUCUAGUAUAAGUAGUCAAGCCCGCCGCUCGCCCAGCCCCACGCUCAACCCCGGCAGCCCACCCGGACGCUCCGAGAGCAACCCGCCCGACAGUGACGACGAGGAGGAAAACAUUCAGGUCUGA